AUGGCCCCGGCGUCGCUCGGCAUGAACCCCGCUGGGCUCAGGGCGCGCGGUGGGGGCGGCGCGGGGCCCGGCGCGCUGCCCUUCAGUGUCGAGUCGCUGCUGGAGGCGGAGCGUGGGCCGGGCCCGGAGCCCGCAGAGUCCGCGGGGCCAGAUGAGGAGAGGCCGCCGGGGGCCUGGUUCCCACCGGCCGCCCGCGCGUCCCCGUCACGCUCACGAAGCCCUCCACCCUGCACCCUCCGGAAACACAAGAACAACCGCAAACCACGAACGCCUUUCACCACCGCGCAGCUGUUGGCGCUGGAGCGCAAAUUCCGCCACAAGCAGUACCUGUCCAUCACUGAGCGAGCCGAGUUCUCCAGCAGCCUGCGCCUCACCGAGACACAGGUCAAGAUUUGGUUCCAGAACCGCCGCGCCAAGGCCAAGCGACUGCAGGAGGCCGAACUGGAGAAGUUGAAGCUGGCUGCCAAGCCGCUGCCGUCCACGUUCGCCCUGCCCUUCACCCUGGGCGCCCACCUACAGGGUUCCCCGGCCACGUACGGCGGCGCGGCGGGCGCUCUGCCACCGUUGCCCGGGCUCUUCGCCGCACCGGUCACCACCUACGGCAUGUACUACCUGUCCUAG